UUUUCCCUUCAUCGACAUCAUUCGCUUUCUGCAUUUUGCACCGCGAGCACCGACCAUGGCUGAGCACGAAGUGAUACUGGCCGGCGGCGAGGAUCCGCAAUUCUUCGAGGGCGUUGAGAAGCUGCUCGAGGUGUGGUUCACCCGCAGCGACGGCCGCGUCGACGACUGCGACCUGCGCAAGAUCCCCAGACAGAAGUUGGAGAGUCUGUUGAAGAUAGUGCGGUGCGAGAUCAUCAGCUCCGUGCAGAACGACCAGCUGGACGCCUACGUACUCAGUGAGAGCAGCAUGUUUGUGUCACAGCGUCGAUUCAUCCUGAAAACUUGCGGCACAACAACUCCGCUCGAGUGUCUGCAGCCGCUGCUGCUGUUGGUGAACCAGUACGCUGGCUUUGACGAAGUGGAGGACGUUUUUUACUCGCGCAAGAACUUCAAGCGCCCAGAGUUGCAGCACUCGCCGCACCGAAACUUCGAGCAAGAAGUGGCCCUUCUGGACACCUUCUUCAAAGAUGGAGCUGCCUACUGCCUGGGCUCGGUGAACAGGGACUGCUGGUACCUGUACACCCUGCACCCUUUGCAUGGGCCGCGCAGGGUGGGACCUGCCGAGCCUGACCAGACCCUGGAGAUCUUGAUGUCUGAACUGGACCCAGACAUUAUGAGCAUCUUUACGAGGGACGAGUGCUCCUCGGCUGCUGAGGCCACUCGGCGCGCCGGAAUUGACAAGCUGAUGCCCAACAUGGUGCUCGAUGACUUCCUCUUUGAGCCCUGUGGAUAUUCCAUGAACGGAAUUGCCAAGGAUGAAGAAGGUCCUGUGCUGGCCUCUGGCUGUUACAUGACGAUCCACAUCACACCUGAACCAGAAUUCUCUUAUGUGAGCUUUGAGAGCAACGUGCCCCAGGCCUCGUACAAAGAGGUGAUCAUGCGCGUCGUCAAGACUUUCCGCCCGGGCAAAUUUGUGCUCACUGUUUUUGCAAACAAGGCGUCUCUGGCGGCCGAGGCACCGCGCGAGUUGGAGCGGGCAGCAUCAUUCGGGGAGUGGCUGCGGCAUGACAUCCAGUACUGCCGCUUCAAGAGCUACGACCUGACCUAUGCGCUGUACAGCAAGUUCCCGAGCUGAGGGUCUGCGGAGGCCCGUUGUCCGCCGACCUUUUGGUCGUGCGGCCUGUCGGGGCCCUCCUCCCCUGCACGCGUCAGCCGCCCACUGAUCCUCUCCUCUUUUAACACUUCUUUCUGCUCCGCACCAGACCCUAGCCCUAGACUGCUCUUCUCUUGGUGGCGAAACAAAAUUUCGUGAUCGCCACCGCCCCACACUUGGCUCGAAUGACCAACGCUCCUGUAGCGAUGAGACGCCGGCGCCGCCUCGUUCCGGCAACUCGGGUGACAUCCGAUCACUGGUCUCAUCCCUUUUGUUCUUUUGGUGCGUCCAGUCUGGGGCUGCGCUGAUCGAAGACAACCCUUCCUUCGCCACCCCGCCGCCAAAAGGCGCUCGUUCGCAGCAGAUCACUUUUUUUAUAAUUCUUUAUUCCAUUGAUUAAUAUCUCCUUAAAGGGUGCUUUCGCGUGUGGGAAAGCUCUCAAUUACAAACAAGAGUUUUUUUUUACUUGUCGAUUGUUUUGGUGGUUUGGUUUGUAGGAAUAUCAAUUUGUGCUAUGUUAAAACUACAGUUCUAGGUACAAUACGAUGUUUGCAUUUUAGUUAUGGUCUCUUAAUUGAUUGAUAAUGAUUGUUUGUCAAGCGUUUUUAUUUCAUAUUCACGAAUGUAUAAUUAAUGAAGACUUGUUUGUUUGUGUCUGGUUGUUUUGUUGCACCAGUGGGUUUCACAAGAGUUGAGUGGGAGGAUGCCUUUCAUUUUCAUUCUUCCCCAACGUCUAUUCAUUCUCUGUAGACUUUUAGAUGGGCAAAUAAAAUGUGUGGAUUAAAUAAUCAAAAGAA